AAACUCACACCACAAACGGCUAGCUACAAAAGGAAUUCCGCUUCAACCUUCAAUCGAUGGAAGAAUUGAAGCACUCUGAUGGCUUUGAGGAGCGCAAUUUCUUUGGGGAGACAAGCGAGAGCCCCCUCCCCGUUUUCACGUCUUCUUUGCAUCCGAUCGGCACGUUAUGUGUCUGGUUCAAGCCAUUUUCAUCAAUCACCCUCUCUUCGUCGAUUCCUGCCUGGGGCGAAAAUUUCAGUUAGGGCGAUAAAUGAAGCAGCUACGGAGCCAAAGAAAGAAAUUCAGGCGCCACCGCCGGAAAGUUGGGAGAUUAAGAUGUUAUAUGAUGGAGACUGUCCAUUAUGUAUGCGUGAGGUUAAUAUGCUGAGGGAGAGGAACCAAAGAUAUGGAACUAUCAAAUUUGUAGACAUCAGUUCGGAUUCAUAUAGUCCUGAUGAUAAUCAAGGCCUUGAUUACGAAACCGUAAUGGGUCGAAUUCAUGCAGUUCUAUCAGACGGGACUGUUGUUACAGAUGUUGAGGCAUUUAGAAAACUUUAUGAAGCAGUUGGCUUGGGAUGGGUGUAUGCUGUAACCAAAUAUGAGCCUAUUGCGAGUAUUGCUGAUUCCAUUUAUGGUGUAUGGGCUAAAUACCGUCUUCAAGUUACGGGACGACCACCUCUGGAACAAGUUUUGGAGAUGCGCAAGCAAAAGAAAGAGAUGUGCAAAGAAAGCAGUGAUUGUAAAGUAUAGAAACAUUUGAAAAGAACAAGAAUUGUUGAGCAUAAAUAGCUUCAACAAUGUAAGUACCAUAAUGCUCUCUGUAGUUUAGUUAUUAUUCUGAGUUUUGCUGCAUCAAAGUCUUCCUUUUUAUACUUAUUAUUGUUCAUGAAAGUUGUGCUCAUUGCCAUGGCAAAAUUUUAGAUCAAUCAUGUCAAAAGUGUAAUAAGAAAGAAUUCGAGCUUUCAACCUAAAACUAAAAUCAGUGGAGAGACCUUUCCGCA